UUCCAGUUCAACAAAAAGAAAACAAAAUAUCGAAAGAGUACGUUACUCUUGAGAAUUCCAUCACAAUGCCAUUUUAAAAAACCGAAAUUUCUGCAUAUAAAUUCCGAAACGAAAUUUAUGUGAAAAAAAAAGGAGGCCAAACAGCACAAAAAUGAGAUGCAAAAAGGUAAAUCCAGAAACCCUAGCCCUUACCCUCCUCCUCCUCCUGCAGCUCUUCUCCUCAGCCGUCAUCUCCUUCGACCCACCGAAAGACAAGGACUACAAACGGGAAUUCAACUAUUAUCCAGGAACCGUCGUACGGAUCGUCGUCUCCAAUGAUCUCCAAGGACUCAAGAAGCCCAACGCCGGAUUCGUCUGCACGGGCUGGGGCAAGGUCUGGAGGAAAUCGAUGCCUGGAGAUCGAUACGUCUACAAAUUCAAGUACGACGGCAGGGCCAGGGAGAGCUUCCACCACUGCCAUCUCCGGUCCAAUCUAGGGUUCAUCAAUUUCCGGGUGAGCAUUCACCCGGACAUCACCGCAUAUUGCGGCCGCGAUUACGUCUGCAAUUACUCGAUCCGCAGAGAGGGGCUUCUCUACAAGCCUCGCAAUCAGCUCUUCCCAUGGCAGCCUUGGCCUCGCCGUGCUCGGUCCCUCUCCGGCGGCGAUCACAAGAAGAGUGGCGGUGGUGUCGCCGUCGUCAUCUUGAAAACCCUAGCGUGUUGGUUUCUUGCCAUGCAAGUAAUCUCUGUCCCCGCGGACGCUAUCGUCCCCGGAGAGGUGGAGUUCUCGAUCCUGAUCAAGAACGAGAUGUACGGACUGAAACGUCCGACGGUGGUGUACCAAUGCCGGUCGCCGAAGAAAGUUUUCCGGUGGCAUAAAUCAGUGCCCAAAUCGGAAUUUUCUUGGGAUUUCAACGUGCCGCCGUUCGGAACCGCCGUGGUGGUCCACCGCUGCCAUUUCCGGUCGAGCCAGGGAACCGCUGACGUGGAGAUCAAGACGAUAUCGAUGACGGCGAUGCUAUGCGGAGGGCAUCUGUGUAAAUACGUGAUCAAACCGAACGGGAUAUACUUCGUAGGGUACGAAACGUAUUAUCCGCACAACAUUUUCCUGCGGUUCUUGGAGCUGGUGAGGCCCGUGGAGAAGCUGGUCGAGCCGUGGAAGGCUUGGUCCCCGAAACAGCUCGAGGCUCUGCGGCCGAAACGUGGCCGAGACAAGGACGACGAUGACGAUAAACAUGACGAUUGA